UCUCGAUCGUCACCACCACCAUAUAUAGUGCGUCUCCGUCGUCGGCUGUUCGUCGGGCUCUUGUUGAUAUUUCAUGUUGUAAAACAUUUUUUUUUUCGACUUCAGUUGGUUUUCGAUUUUUGGUUUUUUUAAAUUUUUUUUUAAUUAACUCGUUUCACUGUAAUAUUUCAUUUAACCACGUUCUGCCGCAACGCACGCGAAGAGAUCAUCAUGCAAAACUUCGCGGAACACUCGUCCAACGCCAUUACCAAACCGACUAACAGUCGGAUCCUCUACGACAUACCGUGCAAAGUGUGCAAGGACUUUUCGUCCGGCAAACAUUAUGGCAUAUACGCAUGCGACGGAUGUGCGGGGUUUUUCAAAAGAUCUAUUCGGCGUAACAGACAAUACAUUUGCAAAUCAAAAUCGGAAGGUGCAUGUCCGGUCGACAAAACGCACCGGAAUCAGUGUCGAGCUUGCAGACUUCGAAAAUGUAUGCUUUCGGGCAUGAACAAAGACGCUGUCCAACACGAACGCGGUCCUAGAACGUCGACAGUUCGUCGACAACUCCAAGGACUUUGUUACUCCAAAGAUCGAUCGGCAAGUAACUCACCGCCAUUGGAUUUAACGCCCAAGAGGUCCCCCGAAUGUUCGACCACUUGUUCUACCCCGCCCGGCAGAUACAUUCCCGAUUCGCAUUUAUAUUUGUCGGCUUUCCGACCACAGAUGUCAAUGAUGCCGAGAUUUUUAAACACUAUGAGACUCACGCAAGCAGUUUACGAGACGGCCGCUUCGAUUUUGGUCACAGUUUCUACGGUCAAAAGUUUUCCCGCUCUGAUGACUCUGCCUUUUGUCGACCAGUUUGAAUUGCUCCGGGAGAGCUGGCACGAACUGUUCAUAUUGACGGCCGCUCAAUUUUUUUCGGACACCGAUAUCUCUCUGCUGCACGAAGAACACCGGUCCAACUUCGGAUCGUCGAUGGACAUCGACGAACAAAUCGCCGUGUUCAAAGAUACGUUGGCCGCGGUAAAACACCGGCAAAUCGAUCCGAUCGAACAGUAUUUGUUGAACGAAAUCGUACUGCUCAAAUCAGCAUCGGUCAAGGGCCGCGGCUGCAGCAGUUCCGAAAACACGGAGACCAUUUUGGACGGGCUGUCCGUGAAGAGCAAGGAGGCGCUCAGACGGCACGUGAACCACGUGCACAUGGCCCGGCCGGACGCGCGAUACGACGAGCUGAUCGACAUAUUACCCGGUAUCCGGUCCGUGCCCAAAACCACGGUUGUCGAGCUGUUCUUCCGCCGCACCAUCGGCCAGACGCCCAUCGAACCAUUCGUGUGCGGCACGUACACCAACUAUCUGCAGACGGCGCCGCACUUGCAGACCAUCAUCAGCAAGGCCAAGAUAUGCCAUUGCUUGCAGUGACGACGUACGUGACGUUUAAUGUAUAUUAUAGGGCUGGUGGUAUUUUCGGUAUACCGGUUAUUACCGGUGUUUAAAAAAUGUCGAUAUCCGGUAUUUUCGGUAUCGGUAUACAUUGAAUUGGUAUUAUCUUUGUUGCUGAAAACAUACCAUGUAAUAUCUACUUUUAUUAUUUAUUAUUUUUAUAUAAUAAUAUAAUAGCCCUAUAUGGCCUAUCCUAGAUUGGAAACAUGGAAACACUAGUAAAAUUGCUGAGGUAUGGUAUUUUCGAUAAUUACCGAAAAUACCGCAUAACCGGUAGUAAACUAUUACCGGGUACCAGUAUCAAAAUUUGAAAUACCGCCAGCCCUGAAUUAUAUAAUAUACGACGUAGGCAGUGUAAUAUUUACCCAAACGCGUUGUAUUCUAGUUAAACGCUAUAAUGUAUUGUGGGUACGUUAGUGAUAAAUAUACAAAAAUUGUUCAUUAUUAUAUUAUAGACGACCCAUAUAUAGUGAUAUUGUACAUAAAUAGUAUUCAUUAAUUAUUAUAAUAAUAUAUUUUCCAUCAUUUUUAAACGCAAAUCAUUGAUUAUGUUUCUAUGCAUAAUUAUUAUUAUCAUCAUUAUUGUACACGCGGCUCAUCGACGCUCAUGCAGGGUUUGAAAAAUUAAACAAAUAAAUUAUACUCAUUAUUAUGUUUAUAUUAUAUCAUUAGAAUUAUUAGAAUAAAAUAAUAUAUAAUUAUUGUUUUGAGCACAUUUUACGAGUUCCAUCGUCAAGUACUACUAUUAUUAUUAUUUUAAAUUUUUAGGCUUUAUUUUAUAUUGUACAUGAUAUACAUAAUAUUAUUGUAAACUGUGAUUGAAUUAUUAUUUUUCUUGAAUAAAAUUUAUACAUAUCUCGAGAAUGGUUGGUUUUGUUGGAUAGAAAAAAAUUCCGGAUGUG